AUGACCGAGGAUGGCAACGAGACGCCUGCUGAGAGGACACAAGGUCUGAACGCGAAUGGGAAGAGGCCAUUGGAAGCGACGUCUUCGUCCAGAAAAGCAGACAAAGCGAAGCGCGUUCGUGUCUCCAGAGCGUGUGACCAGUGCCGAGCUGGACGGGAGAAAUGCGACGGUGCUCAGCCCACGUGUCACACUUGUGAGACGCAGAGCCGAACGUGUACCUACCAUGAGCAGCCCAGGAAGAGAGGCAUUCAGCCGAACUAUAUCAGGACGCUGGAGCUGACAUUAGCAUGGAUCUUGCAGCGCUUCCCUGACAGUGAGAAUCAGCUUUCGCAGCGACUUCCUAGGACGCACGAGCCGGCUCAUAGGGUGAUAUCUUUCAAAGAUGCUGUUGCGGCAGAAGUUCUCCAUGCAACAUGGAGGAGCGGCAUCAUCAGCAGACAGAUCGAGCAGCUCCUCUCUGGAAGCGAUAUCGACAUUCCCCAGGCCAGCAGCUCGAGGGAUCUGACUACUGCUUCUUACCAGUCGCCGCCCCUCUCAGUGCCUAGUGAUAAUGCGGCCUUUCAAUCGGAGCAUCAGGAGAUCACUACAACUAGUGAUGCCAACGUCUUACCUAGCCAACAUCUACACGCGAGGGACCUCCCCCCUGCCCGCUCACUUGUUCUGCCCCAGGAUUCAUGGGCUCUGCUGGAACACUACUUUACCUUCACCCAGACCUGGCUGCCAAUAACGGAGAAGCACGAUAUUAUGAGAUUGAUGUAUAGCUUUCCAGCUGAAGGCUUGCCUAUGGCAGAAGCCCGUGCUGCGGAAUAUGCCGAGUUAUGGAGCAUCAUGGCCUGGUCAGCGUUCGGUAUCGGGCCACAGUCUGGCACCAGUUUCGAACAGUGUCACAGCAUUGCCAAAGCACUCAUCCCGACGAACGAUGGACUUCAGUUGGGCCAUGUCAAAGCACUGCUUAUACUCGGCGUUAUCGAACUCGCCAGAAGUUCCUAUCUGGCUGCGUGGCUCACUAUCGGGUCUGCUGUCAGGGUUCUCACGCAUUACCAGUCCGGCCAAGGUCUCGGAUUCGCACUCGGAGGGACUCGUGUCAAGCAUACAGUAUUGGCGGCAUUUCUGCUGGAGCAAGUCGUUGCUUCGCACACCGGAGCUGUCGGGCACCUCAAGCAUGACAAUGUGCGAGCUCUCGGACUGCUUGUUGAAGACGGUCUAGAAGAGUGGGAGCCUUGGAACGAUCCGGCUGCAAGCUCAAGCUCGACGCCAGCGAAAUCCCCUGCAAGAUCGAUAAGCACGUUCAAUGCCCUUGUACGUCUUGCUUUGAGUGCUACGGCAAGAGAUGCUGGAGCCGGGCAAAUCCCUCCAGCGCCGAGCGGCCUCGGUGUAGUGUCCAUUCUGUUGCGCAAUGCGACUGCCGCCAAUAGUAGACUACAUCCAAUGAGGGUAUUGGCUGCUAAGGGAAUGGACCACACCCCAAGCUUUCAGGACAGUCCCACAGAGAGCAUGCACCAGGCAGGGUCCUUGUCUGUGCAGCAUCAUGGCCGCACGACCCCUUCUCCAGCAGCAGGAUGGGGCCCCCGACCAGCAAUUGUCGGUGAUGCAUCCUCUGAACAGCACUACCCGUUCAUGAGCAUUCCAAACGAAGCAGCGGAACCUUUUGCUGCCAAUGGACCAGCUCAAACAGCGACGUCUGCAGGCAUAUCAGACCCAUGGACAAGUAAUACUGGUUCUCAGGCAGGUGAUCCAUACAGCUUCCAGGCGGGUAGCAUUGACCAUGCCGCCACUGGCGGCGGAGAUAUCUUCGAAGAGCUCGCUAUGCUGGAGAGAACAGACUCUACACACAACCCAAAUUUCAUGCAGAACCUCGGGUUCGGGCCAGAUCUGGACUUGGCUGAGUUCUUUGGUGCUGACGUCUACCAGCCAUCAGAUCCAUUACUGGGUUACAUGCAGCCGGAAAGCCUCGGCGACAUGCCACAAGACUUUGGUGGGACGACAGAGGGUGCAGGUUGA